AUGUCUAGAUUAAAGGACUCGGAUACCGCGGAUUACAUUUCCAGAAUCGGUUCAGGAACUCCGGCAAAUUCUGCCUCGCCACAAACUGCUGUGUCGCUAGACAAGACGGAUAAAGGUCUCAUCCGUGAAGGACUAGGCAAUUUAAAUCGCUGGUCGCAGUCUACAACAUCUAGCCAAAAUUCACCGGAAAAUAAUCGUCGACUCGAUUUUACCAGAGUGCCUAGAUCACCUUCCCCAACCACUGGGCAUGACGAACACAUUGACAAUAAUGAUGGCUCGGAAUAUCAAAGUCGGAUAGCUUCCGAAACUGGCAUUGAAAUACAUGACGGAUUUCACAUGCCGGAGACAUUUGAUACUUAUGAUGGAUUGCGCACGCAUCGGCCUUUUCAAACGUCGAUCACGUCGAGUUAUGGCGAUCCUGUACCAAAUCACCCGGUCGACGCUGUAGGAGCGACAGUGCCACAGACUAAUUGGAUAUUUUCUGAGGCCACUGAAUUACCCCAUAACCUUUUCCAAGACCCCUGGGUCAAGGAAAACGGUUCAGGACCUGAUUCUCCCCGGGGUAAAAGUAGUGUGGUUCCUACUCGCCCAGUUCUAGAGGCACACAGUCCACGUGAAUCAGGGCCUAACGCACCAGCAGAGGAAGGACCGCGGUUGAUCUCUGAGGGAGAUAGAAGUCAGGAGAAAAGAAAGCGGGGUCAGUCACAGAAAGCAAUGCUUUCCAAAGCGUUGCAGAAAGCGAAUACCGCAGUUCUUCUCGACAAUGCGGCGAACUUUGAAGGGGCUAUGGAGGCUUACAAUGAUGCGUGUCAACUCCUACAUUUGGUAAUGCUUCGGAGCGACGGAGGAGAAGACGAGAAGCAAAAACUUCAAGAAAUACGUGAUACAUAUAUGGUACGAGUCACUGAGCUACAACGUAUGGAUUUUUCAUUUCGAGAUUUGGAUAGCAAAGCCCUCCCUGAGCGUCCGCUGAGUCAAGAAUCAUAUGGUGACUUAUCUCAUCCAAUCGUUGAUGAGAACGAUGUAAUGGCCAGAGAGAAGCGUGUCUCUCUGCAGCGCAGUUCUAUGGUCCAACCGUUUGAUCUGGCGGAAGGGCUAGCGUCCAGUUGGGAUCACCAACCGCGCCAGUCAUUAUUACCGUCACCGCUAGGUGAUCGUACACCGACUACAGCCCAAUCGUCUGAUUCGGUCAAUUUCCAUCAUCCUGGAUCAUCCCGGCGUAUAUCGAAGUUUGAGUACAUGGGUGCUUCAGACCCCUCGGAAACAAUAACCUCAGGAGUAGAUAUCACUCAUGCUGCUGGCCAGUCUGACCUGUCCUCUUUCGGGGAUCAUAAGAAGGACGUGAAUGAAUCGACGUCUUGGCUCGACACCAUCGAUGAAUCUGGCGCAUCUUCCCCAGCCUCGAUACGCUCAGAAGUGUCAUCAAUAUACUUGCGACAUAGAGGGAGCUUUCAUCAUGCUGUCGGUACCGAGGCCGAAUUUGAUGCUGCCCUUGAUGCUGCUGUGGAAGCUGCAUAUGAUGAAGGUCUGGAACCAGCCGUCGAUCUAGAUGAUAAUGGUAGCAGCAAUGACAUUGUGGCCAAUGCUCGGAGAAAUGUCGAAAUCGCGAAGCAAAAGGUGAGAGAAGCUGAGCGGGAGGCUCAGAUAGCAUUGACACGCGGGCAAGAAACACAGCGUCUUCAAGAACAACCUGCGUAUGACGGUGUCAAUGAUAUUCGGACCGAUUAUCUAGAUGAGGAAGCUGAAGAAGAGGAGCGAUUGCUGGAGGAGAUGACCAGAGGCUAUGUUAUGGAUGACUUCGAAUUUGGCAUUCAGUCCAAGUCCGCUCUUCCCCGCCAGUCAAGAUCGGGUAGCCUUUCUAGCAAAUUGCGGGAUGGCUCGACUGCUUCCAAUACUAUGACGGCCCUAAGCCCCCUCGCAGAAGAUACAAGCCUGCCCUUCACUGAUGAUACAAACUUCGAGCCUAGCGGGUCGUCUCCCCCAAGUCACGGCGCACUUUCGGUUUCGACAAAUUCGGGACAAGCCUCAAUAUCAACGCCAACGGUGCGAGCACGGAGACUAUCGGGUCAGUAUGCCACGGAACUAAAGAUCGAAACAAAUACGGACCCAUUCAGUUUUCGGCCGCCGCCAGUUCCAAAAGAUAGUACAGCUUCAACCUCUACUAUCAAUCAUCAGCCAGGUCGAGCAUCGGGUCCUGCUUCUGCUCUACGAUCAGCCGCGCCCGUGAAGAAUCGAAAUGUCUCAAUUGGAUCGUUUAACGAAGAUGCUCUCUCUAACGCAAUCUCAGUAAAGAUGCCUCACCAGGACGAUGAUGGCCGUGAGCUCUCCAAAGUUCCAUCUCCAACACGUCCCAUCGGCAAAGUACCUUCAGCACCGGAUAAUCUGGGCAAGCUCAAUACAGGACUGGGAACUUUUCGUCUGAGAAACAUCUCAGUUUCGGGGCCGGAACCGUUCGUUGAGUCCCCAAACAGUCCGUCAAGCAAUGCGUUUCCUGCCGUCGAUAUUCAUAAAAUGCCGAUGACUGGUUCAAUACCUAUAAUUCCCACACCCACCACUGCCAUGAUGUCAGCGAAUGGCUUGCCAAGUGGAGGACUGAAUAUAUUCGAUAGCCAUAUACAUUCUCCGACGAGCCCUGGCUCUCCAAAUUUGUUGGCCACCGAUCCUCCUCUUCCAUUAGAGCCGUGUCCUGAGUCAUUUCUUCUGCGUCCAUUUUGGCUAAUGCGCUGUAUCUAUCAGACAAUUUCUCACCCACGUGGUGGUUAUUUGUCCACGAAGUUGUUUAUUCCUCGAGACGUGUGGCGCGUGAAGAACGUGAAAAUCAAGGCAGUCGAAGAAAAGGUGUCUAACUGUGACUUGCUAACUGCAGCAUUACUCAAGUUGGCAAAGGUUGAUACUUACGAUGCUGAUGCUGUUUUGGAAGAAAUGCAGUCUUUGGAAAGUGUACUUGACCAGGUGCAGAUGUCGCUGUCCAAAAAAAUAGGGAGUGAGGUCGGAGUGCAGGGCGCCAUGCCACUCUUCAAGUCAGCUCAAUCUUUCGAAGACCCUGCAGCCGUCGAUGCGCCGCCCUCAAAACCAUCGAAUGUACCGAGCAAAUCAUAUCUGACCUCCUGGCGUAAGUUACGGUCAAAGAAUUCCGGGGUCAAUGCGACGGCUUCGCUCCCUGCAUCAAAGGACACCAAUAAGGACAAUGCAACCGUUAGCACCAUUCCGAUGACGUCUUUGCCCACUUCCCAGCCAUUGAGGCGCAGGGUAUCUCAAUUGCACUACAAUGGAUCUAAUAACUAUAUGGGAGCCUUGGCACGGCUUUGCGAUGCAGCUCAGGUAUUGGAUCAAAUUGCUCAACAAGUCGAAGAUCCUGGCCUAAGGCAUUCUUCGCCGACGUUAGUCGGCCUCGAGUUAAGCACUCGCCAUGCUGCAGAGUUCUUUGGACUCUACGUUUGUCGAUUUGCCCUGAACGAUAUCGGUAUGAUGCUUGAUAAGUUUAUUAAAAGAGGCAGUGAGUGGGUACUGAUCUGA